CUCUCUCGGCUCGGCGCCGCGGGCGGCUCCCGGGCCGGGCUCGGCGGGCGGCGCCGCCGCCGUCUGCGGCUUUCCGAGCCCCGAGAAGCCCCGUGCGGCGCUCCGGGCCGGCCGCUCCCACCCGCCGAGCCGCUCCCCCCGCGCGGGGCCGUUACGUGGCUGCGGGGCGGUUCGGGGCCGCGCAGCUCCCGGCGCGGUGGGGCCGUCCGGAGGGGUGGCGGCUCCGCUGCCCGCAUCGCUCGGCGCGCCGCCGCUGCGCUGUGGCCCGGAGCGCUCCGCUGUGCGCCGCGUGGGUCGGGGCUUCGGCUCUGAAAGGACUGCGGAUGGCAGCAGCUUUGUGAGGGCUCGUUCUGCUCGCAGCCCGGCGGAAGGCGGGGAUCUGACGGGAUCGCAGCACGACCCGCUGCCGGCGGCGCCGGGAAGCGUCGCAGCGCUCUGGGAGUCUCCGCGGUUCCCGGCCGACGUGUGUCGGAGCUCAGCGCUGCCGGGGCGGCCUCCGGGGCGCCCACGUGGGUAUUCUGCUGCCGAGAGCUCGGCAGCCCCCGAGGGCCGGGCGGAGCCCCUCCCGUUGGGCGCAGAGCCGCCGGCGAUGCCCCGGGCUGAGGAGCGGCGCUCCCGGAGCGAUGCGGUGCUGCUCUCAGGGCUGAACCCGGCGUCCCUUCAGGCUGCGGCUCGGCGUGAGCUCCCCUCCAGGCACGGCAUGGCAGCCAGCGCAGGCGGCGGUGGGACGGCGGCGGCGGCGGCGGUGGGAGAGCCGGCACACGCCGUGUCGCUGCUGCGGGGGCUGAGCGCGCUGCGGGCGGAGCGGAGCCUGCUGGAUGUGACGGUGGUGGCGGGCGGGCGGGAGUUCGGGGCGCACCGCGCCGUCCUGGCCGCGGCCUCCGGCUAUUUCCGCGCCAUGUUCGGCGGGGCGCUGCGGGAGGCGCGGGCCGAGCGGGUGCGGCUGCACGGCGUGGAGCCCGAGUGCCUGUCGCGCCUCCUCGACUUCGCCUACACCGGCCGCGUGGGCGGGCUGGGCCCCGACAUCGCCGAGCGCCUGCUGCGCGCUGCCGACCUGCUGCAGUUCCCCGCCGUCAAGGAGGCGUGCGGCGCCUGGCUGGCGCGCCAGCUGGAGCCCGCCAACGCGCUGGACAUGCAGGACUUCGCCGAGGCCUUCGCCUGCCCCGCGCUGGCGGCCGCCGCGCACCGCUUCAUCCUGCGGCACGUGAGCGAGUUGGGCGCCCAGCUGGAGCGGCUGCCGCUGCCGCGCCUCCUCUCCUACCUGCGCGACGACGGGCUCUGCGUCCCCAAGGAGGAGGCCGCUUUCCAGCUGGCGCUGCGCUGGGUGCACGCCGACCCCGCCGCCCGCGCCCCGCUGCUGCCCCAGCUCCUGGCGCACGUCCGCCUGCCCUUCGUGCGUCGCUUCUACCUGUUGGCCCACGUGGAGGGCGAGCCGCUGGUGGCCCGCUGCCCGCCCUGCCUGCGCCUCCUCCAGGAGGCCCGCGACUUCCAGGCCGCCCGCCUCGACCGCCACGACCGCGGGCCCUGCGCCCGCAUGCGGCCCCGGCCUUCCACCGGCCUCGCCGAGAUCCUCGUCCUCGUCGGCGGCUGCGACCGCGACUGCGAUGAGCUCGUCACCGUGGACUGCUACAACCCACGCACCGGGCACUGGCGCUACCUGGCCGAGUUCCCCGAGCACCUGGGCGGGGGCUACAGCGUCGCUGCUCUGGGCAAUGACAUCUAUGUCACCGGGGGAUCAGAUGGAUCGAGGCUGUACGACUGUGUCUGGAGGUACAACUCCAGCGUGAAUGAGUGGACGGAGGUAUCCCCAAUGCUGAAAGCCAGAGAAUACCACAGCUCUACAGUCCUGGAUGGACUGCUGUACGUUAUCGCCUCCGACAGCACAGAGCGCUACGACCACUCUGUGGACAGCUGGGAGGCUCUGCAGCCCAUGCUGUACCCCAUGGACAACUGCUCCACCACCUCGUGCCGUGGCAAGCUGUUCGCCAUCGGCUCUCUGUCUGGCAAGGAGACCAUGGUGAUGCAGUGCUACGACCCCGACAGCGACCUCUGGUCCCUGGUGAACUGCGGCCACCUGCCUCCCUGGUCCUUCGCCCCAAAGACCGUGACUCUGAACGGGCUCAUGUACUUCAUAAGGGAUGACUCAGCUGAAGUGGAUGUUUACAAUCCAGUGAAGAACGAAUGGGAUAAAAUCCCUGCCAUGCUUCAGGUCCACGUUGGGGGCAGUGUUGCUGUGCUAGGAGGGAAGCUCUACGUCUCUGGCGGCUACGACAACACCUUUGAGCUCUCGGAUGUCCUGGAAGCUUACGACCCUGAGACGCGAACAUGGAGUGUAGCAGGGCGGCUCCCCGAGCCCAUCUUCUGGCACGGCAGUGUCAGCAUAUUCCGGCAGUUCAUGCCAGAAACCACGCAGGAGGAUGACAGCAUCACGCUGGACAACACCAUCAACUUGAACAGGCAGCGCCCAAACCUUCACCACCAGAACCUCAAUGAACUUCGUUAGCAGGGGAGCGUGCUGUCCCUGCCUCGAUGCGAGUUCGUUGUCCACAACCAGUGUUGCUCUGAGAGAAGGCAGAGGCAAACUGGAGCCUGGAAGCAAAAACAUACUGAUUAGUACAGGGAGUAAAAAUUGUGAGUGUUUGAAAUGCUGUUGUAGAAACCUAGCUGGCAGAACACGAGGCCUUUGGGUGCAGCGUUCCUCAACCCUUUUCUGUGGAGGACGAAGGUGCAGUGCUACUCACAGAGAAGAUCUGAGAGGUGAACUCUGAGGAAAACGGUUGUGUGAAGCACCACUGAAGCACCACAGCUUACAGCUUUCAGUCAGAUGCCCUUCACCAGGAGCUCCUUCACUUUUCAAUGCUUUGUUUGUCGCAGAAUUCCUUUCUUCAGUUUCUUCCUAUGGGAAAAAAAAAAAAAUAGAAAAGGAAGAGGAGGAAAACAGGCAGAACCAAACCCCUCAGCAGGAGGGGUCUGCUUGGUAGGACUGGGGUCUGAACCCCCCACCUCUGCUGUAUGCUUUAGAGGAAGGCAGGCCUCUUGGAUCUCUUCCUCUGUGCAGUUGGAGGGGAGGAGAUGUUCCCAUAAGAAGCUGAAUGAGAGGUUACUGUGAGGGUGUAGCCCUUCGUGUCACCGUAGUCCCUGGCUUUGUUUAAUGCCUUCUGAAAGAACACGUGUCUGUGCAGCAGGGAUCUCCGAGGGGCUGGGUUAUGAAGCUUGACCUUUCCUGUUGUCUGAACUUCAGUUCUUCGUAUAUUUUGUUAUUUUUGAGUUGUGGCAUUUAAACCUUUGCAGGUAUUUGUUUUCCUACCCUUCUUAGAACGGCACUUUUGUUUUUCCUAAUAAGAAACACCUUUAUUUAUUAUUUAAUCACAUUCUCACAACUGGGUUGCCUUCAUUUCUGAUCACCUGCACUGCUGUUUAAAGGGAAAGAGAAAAGUGCCUGCCUUGGCUGGCUUGUGGAGCGCCGGGGCCCUCAGGGAGGAGCCUUUCUGCUUUCCCAUUUUGACAGAGCUUGCUUGUAUCAGGCUGCUCGGCUUGUAGAACACGCCUGGGUAGCUCAUUCUUCUGAGCAGGGCUCUGCUGAUGAUCCUUUUACAUGGAGCUCUUGGCACGUGUGCAGGGUCAGGCAGAUAGGCCCUGUGCAGCAAGGGCACGUUCUUGUUUGCCGUUGUAAAGGAACUGGGUUGAAGUUGUACUAUUUUAGAAGAAGGCUUAUCUGGAAAGGUAAGCACAGCUUCCUUAGAUUUGCUGCAGACUUGUAGAAAAAAAUAAGCUAGUGGUGUUUAGACACCAUGAUGCAGAAAUGCAUUAACUGGUGUGAAGGAACCUACUGAACCUCUGGAGAGUCCUUGUGCCUGUCUGGUCUUCAGUUUGCAGAAGCUCUUGGACUUGGAGUAAUUGGAAAAUGCUGCUGGCAUCAUUUGGCUGAGGUGUAGGAGUUAGUGAGAGUGCUGCGGAGUGCAAGGUAGUUAUUUAGGGUUUUCUUCUUUCGUUGUUGUUUUUUUUGGUCUGUGUAAGAUAUGCCUUUAUACUUGCUCAAGUGACCUAGCUAGCUUGAAUUGUAUUUCCUCUGUAUACCUUCAGCUGAAGAGAAGCUGCUUGCAGUUGACUUGUGGAAUGUUUCUUAAACAAGCAAACAGUUACAGCUGGCUCAUCUAAAAACGAGCACUACACCUCCAGGAAAAGUGUCAAGUGUAACAGUGGCUGAAAUGGUGGCUGGAUUGGUUCUCUUUAUCUGUCUUUGGUUUUUAACCAAGAGGGAAAAAAUGAAUUUGACCUUGAUUCAGAAAUGGAAAGCUCCUCUGUACUUUCUGGCUUGCCACUGAACUGAUUGAGUACAUCAGAACUAUCUCCAUAAAAUCGACCUGUUCACAGCUUUAAAGUAUCUGUUUUGCCUUGAACACUAUUUUACACUGAGCUGCUUAGCUGUGAGACUCGAGAAAGCUGUUUGUGAGGCUCGGGCUGUACUCAAAGUUGGAAGCUUUGUCAGUGCCUUGAAGCUGCCGUGCACAGAGGAUGCACGGAUGGGAGCGCAGCGGGGCCUCCUGGCACAGCGCUCUCAUUGCCCUUCUGCUUUGAAGCACAGGGAAUUGUGUGAGCCAUGGAAUUGCUGCUGGUGUUGCACCCAACACAAUGGGGCCGCGGUGCCACUCUGCUGCUGGGAGCAAUCCCUGCAUCCCGCUGUGCUUCGAGGCGGUCCAUCCUCACAGUGCUGCGUGGGAGACGACGCGGAGCUGCGUGUGCUGCACGCCGAGGUAUUAAUGCUGAGCUCCAAACAUACUGCAUACACCACAUCUCAUUCUGUAGUGCUCACUGCUGGAUCUGCCACUCCGAAAUUCCCCAACCAGCCCAACUGUUAGGGAUCUGUAUUUAUUUUUUUGUAAAAUCCAUUGUGUCCAAAUCUUCGAGUACUGUUUGAAUACCAUCCUUUGAAACAAAGGCAUUUUACAUUUACAGAUGAUGUAUUUUUAUUCUCAUAGUUGGUUUUUAAAUUUACUUGCAACAGUCAAGUUAAAUAAAACAUGUUACAUA